GUCGAGGAGGCAUCAUUGUCCACAUAUCAGGCUUUUGGUGGCGAUAUCCAGCCAGAGCCACUGUCGAACAAUCAUGAAGCUAUAGACAGGUUGCAGCAGCAACAAGGACAAUCCCCACAUCAUCCUUCCCCCCAUCAUCAUCAUCAUCAGCAGCAGCAACAACAGCAGCAGUAUCAGUUUCAGCCAUACCAUCAUCAUACCUCUCCCUUGGCUAAAACGAAUUUAGGACACCACCAACAACAACAGCAACAAAGUGCAGUUGCUGUUGCAGGUGGUUCUUCGGCCGUUUCGUCUAAUUCGACAGCAACAAAAACUGCAGCCACGGCGACUACAGCGGCCAGACGAUAUUCCCGGUUCGAAUGCACGCCAGAUGAGUUGGAACGACGUGUGAGCAGUGGUAGUACAGGUGCAGCAAGUUCCGGCGGUAGUGUUGGCAAUAUUUUCGGACGAUCAGUGGGAUCCGGUGAUCAUCAAAAUAGUGGGAUUAGCAGUAGUGGUGAUGUAGGUCAGAAACAACAGCAACAACAUCAGCAGCAACACCAACAGGCGACACAAUACAUUGGUGCACGUUCCUAUGCAGAGGCCAGAUUUAAACGUGGCAGUGUUUACGGUGAUACAUCGAAUAAAUAUUCAACGAUUGGUGGCAGUAGCAGUAGUGGUAUUAGUGGCAGUUAUGCCAGUGGUCUGGAUGCCAGUCAGAGAGGUACUGUGAAUGGCUAUGAGGUAACAUCUAGCAAGCAUACGGAUGGUGAUGGUCCAAAACGAGCACAGCAGGCACACACAGACGGUAGUAAUACAGCACCAGCAUCGUCAUCAGCAACAGGUUCAUAUUCCGCAAAUAGUUGUACCAACACACCUCUGAGGCAACGCCUGCCCUCGCAAGCCGGUCUCAGUGAUCUGAGUGCAGCGAAUCCUGGUAUUUUUGUAGGUGGCAUUGGCGGCAGCAACAUUUAUUGCAACAACAUCCAGACACCCAGCACAUUUAAUAGCAGCAAUCUAGGUGUCAAUUAUUCCAGUGUAGGCGGUGGUGGUGGUCCCAGUGCAGCAAGUGGAACCAACAUCAACAGUAGUGGAGGCGGAGGUGGAAGUGGCGGUGGGGCAACUGGUACAGCAUCAGGUCCUCAGCAACAGCCUCAACACCAUCAGGUGGCGGUGGCAACAGUGUUCCCAGACGCCAGGGCAGUUUUACGAAUGUAUUUUCGAAAAUAA